GCAGAUCUUCGUCGGCCACAUCGGUAACCGCGAGCUCUCCGCCGUCGCCAUCGGCCUCUCCGUCGUCUCCAACUUCUCCUUCGGCUUCCUCCUGGGCAUGGGGAGCGCGCUGGAGACGCUGUGCGGGCAGGCGUUCGGGGCGGGGCAGGUGGCCAUGCUGGGCGUGUACAUGCAGCGCUCGUGGAUCAUCCUCACGGCCUCGGCCCUCCUCCUCUCGCCGCUCUACAUCUUCGCGGGGAACAUCCUGCGGCUGCUCGGCCAGGAGGAAGCCAUCGCGGCGGCCGCCGGCGAGUUCACGCUGCGCAUCAUCCCGCAGAUGUUCGCGCUGGCCAUCAACUUCCCCACGCAGAAGUUCCUCCAGGCGCAGAGCAAGGUGGUGGCGCUGGCGUGGAUCGGCUUCGCCGCCCUGAUCGCGCACGUCGGCCUGCUGGCCCUCUUCGUGUCCCUGCUCGGCUGGGGCAUCGCCGGCGCCGCGGCGGCCUACGACAUCUCCUCCUGGCUGACCGCGCUCGCGCAGGUGGCGUACGUGGUCGGGUGGUGCCGGGACGGGUGGACGGGCCUGUCCCGCGCGGCGUUCAACGAGCUCUGGGCCUUCGUCAAGCUCUCCCUCGCCUCCGCCGUGAUGCUCUGCCUCGAGAUCUGGUACAUGAUGGUGCUCGUGGUGCUCACGGGCCACCUCGACGACGCCGAGAUCGCCGUGGACUCCAUCUCCAUCUGCAUGAACAUCAACGGGUGGGAGGGGAUGCUCUUCAUCGGCCUGAGCGCGGCCAUCAGCGUGCGCGUGUCCAACGAGCUGGGCUCCGGCCGGCCGCGCGCCACGGUGCACGCCGUGGCGGUGGUGCUGGCGCAGUCGCUGGCGCUCGGGCUGGCUGCCAUGGUGCUGAUCCUGGCGACGCGGAACGAGUUCGCCGUCAUCUUCACGGGCGACCGGCACCUGCAGAAGGCCGUGUCCAACAUCGCCGGCCUGCUCGCGGUCACCAUGGUGCUCAACAGCAUCCAGCCCGUCAUCUCGGGCAUCGCCGUCGGCGGCGGCUGGCAGGCCGCCGUCGCCUACAUCAACCUCGGCUGCUACUACGCCUUCGGCCUCCCCCUCGGGUUCAUCUUCGGCUACCUCUUCCGAUGGGGCGUCAGGGGGAUUUGGGCGGGCAUGCUGUGCGGGACGGCGUUGCAGACGGGGAUCCUCAUGUACAUGGUCUUCAAGACCGACUGGAAAGCAGAGGCAUCGAGGGCGCUGGAGAGGGUGAGAUUGUGGGGAGGGCAGCACGCGAAGCUUCCCACCACUGACAGCGAAGAGACUAGCUAGCUAGCUGAUUAAUUUCAGAAACUGUGUACUAGAGCUUAGUUUCAGUUUUCUUUUACAGAUAGUGUUUGACAUCAGUUAAUUAAGCAGACAGGGAAUUAUCUCAAGAUGAGAUGGAUACUUAGGCUCCUUUUGUAGAAACACUUACGGGUAUACGUAGAACUACGUGCUGGA